CUGGCCUCGAACUCGCGUUUCCGUCUUGUGAGACUGAGACCCCGGCCUCCUGUCCGUGCCCGGUGCCACCUGUGAGCGGCGCGGGCCACGGCUCCGAGCGGAGCCCCCACCCCCUUUCUCUUUAUUUUGUUUUUUCGGUCCUGUGGUGGGCCCCUCUUAAGCAGUCCUCCUGGCGGGGCUCGGGGUGGUGGGGGGCGGGGAGAUGAACGCUGCGGCCAGCAGCUACCCCAUGGCCUCCCUGUACGUGGGUGACCUGCACUCGGACGUCACCGAGGCCAUGCUGUAUGAAAAGUUCAGCCCUGCGGGGCCUGUGCUAUCCAUCCGGGUCUGCCGUGAUAUGAUCACCCGGCGCUCCCUGGGUUAUGCCUACGUGAACUUCCAGCAGCCAGCCGAUGCUGAGCGGGCCUUGGACACGAUGAACUUCGAUGUGAUUAAGGGAAAGCCAAUCCGCAUAAUGUGGUCUCAGAGGGAUCCCUCUCUGAGAAAGUCUGGCGUGGGGAAUGUCUUCAUCAAGAACCUGGACAAAUCUAUAGAUAACAAAGCACUUUAUGACACAUUUUCUGCUUUUGGAAACAUCCUAUCCUGUAAGGUGGUGUGUGAUGAGAACGGCUCUAAGGGUUAUGCCUUUGUUCACUUUGAGACGCAAGAGGCUGCCGACAAGGCCAUAGAGAAGAUGAACGGCAUGCUCCUCAAUGACCGCAAAGUGUUUGUAGGCAGGUUUAAGUCUCGCAAAGAGCGGGAAGCUGAACUUGGAGCCAAAGCCAAGGAAUUCACUAAUGUUUAUAUCAAAAACUUUGGGGAAGAGGUGGAUGAUGAGAGUCUGAAAGAUCUGUUUAGUCAGUUUGGUAAAACGCUGAGUGUGAAGGUGAUGAGAGAUCCCACUGGGAAAUCCAAAGGCUUUGGUUUUGUGAGUUAUGAGAAGCAUGAAGAUGCCAAUAAGGCCGUGGAAGAGAUGAAUGGAAAAGAAAUCGGCGGGAAAGUCAUUUUUGUAGGCCGUGCACAGAAGAAAGUAGAACGGCAGGCCGAAUUAAAACGGAAAUUCGAGCAGCUGAAACAGGAGCGAAUUAGUCGAUACCAGGGUGUAAACCUCUACAUUAAGAACUUGGAUGACACCAUUGAUGAUGAGAAAUUACGAAAAGAAUUUUCUCCUUUCGGGUCAAUCACCAGUGCAAAGGUGAUGCUGGAGGAUGGAAGAAGCAAAGGGUUUGGCUUUGUUUGCUUCUCAUCUCCUGAAGAGGCUACCAAAGCAGUCACUGAGAUGAAUGGACGCAUCGUGGGCUCCAAGCCACUGUACGUUGCCCUGGCCCAGAGAAAGGAAGAGAGAAAGGCCCAUCUGACCAAUCAGUACAUGCAGCGUGUGGCUGGCAUGAGAGCACUCCCUGCCAAUGCCAUCUUAAAUCAGUUCCAGCCUGCAGCUGGUGGCUAUUUUGUGCCAGCAGUUCCACAGGCUCAGGGAAGACCUCCUUAUUACACCCCUAACCAGCUAGCACAGAUGAGGCCUAAUCCACGCUGGCAGCAAGGUGGGAGACCUCAAGGCUUCCAAGGAAUGCCAAGUGCUAUACGCCAGGCUGGGCCUCGUCCAACUCUUCGCCAUCUGGCUCCAACUGGUAAUGCUCCGGCCUCUCGUGGCCUCCCCACUACCACUCAGAGAGUCGGGUCUGAGUGCCCGGACCGCUUGGCUAUGGACUUUGGUGGGGCUGGUGCCGCCCAGCAAGGGCUGACUGACAGCUGCCAGUCUGGAGGUGUUCCUGCAGCUGUGCAAAACCUAGCACCUCGUGCUGCUGUUGCUGCCGCUGCCCCUAGGGCGGUUGCGCCAUACAAAUAUGCGUCCGCUGUCCGCAGCCCUCACCCUGGCAUACAGCCUCUGCAGGCUCCCCAGCCCGCUGUCCACGUGCAGGGGCAGGAGCCUCUGACCGCCUCCAUGCUGGCCGCAGCACCCCCCCAGGAACAGAAGCAGAUGCUGGGAGAACGAUUGUUCCCCCUCAUCCAAACGAUGCACGCAAACCUGGCCGGGAAGAUCACGGGGAUGCUGCUGGAGAUCGACAACUCGGAGCUGCUGCACAUGCUGGAGUCCCCCGAGUCCCUUCGCUCCAAGGUGGAUGAAGCUGUGGCAGUUCUGCAGGCUCAUCAUGCCAAGAAAGAAGCUGCCCAGAAGGUGGGCGCUGUCGCUGCUGCUACCUCUUAGACGUGGAGAAACCGUAUGAUUCAAAAAGCCAAAUAACCCAUUGUGAAGUUCAGCUCAAGGUUUGAAGACUUCGUAGCUUGUCCUAUGGACCUCAACACCAAGAACCACAAAUUACAAAUUUAAUAGGUCAUUUUGUAUCAAAAGGUCAAUUAAUGAAGCACCUAGAAUUUUUCGAUUAUAUGACUCUAUUCUCUGGGUUCUGCUUUGACCCAGAUAGUGUGAACUUUUUUUUCUAUUGUGGGUUUUGAUUUUUUUUCCCCUACCCUGGAAAUUGAAUUUAUUUGAUGUACCCAAGUCUUAUGUUUCUCAAUAAAGAAAAAUCUCCAUAAAA